AUGGCGGUCGUCACGAUCACCUUGGUCGCCGCGGCGUUUUGUCUAUCCGGCAGCGCGCUCACCGUGCUGAAUAAACAAAUCAUGGGGUUCUUCCCCGCCCCGAACGCGGUGCUGUUCGCGCAAAACGCGGUGACGCUGGUGUUGCUCGCGUUCGGGAAAUCGGUGCUGAGUCUGCAGAUCGAGCCGGUGCGGCGACAUAAAGCCAAACGUUGGUUCGCGCUCGUGCUUUUGUUUUACGCCAUGCUCGCGUCGUCCAUGCUGGCGCUCAAGUUCGUGACGGCGACGACGCUCAUAGUGCAAAGAAAUUUAGGUACGGUGACGAUCGCCAUAGCGGAUUAUUUUUGUCUGGGCACGGUGCAGACGAAACCGAGGAUUUUGGCGAUAUUAGGAAUGUGCGCAGGGUCGUUGGUGUACGCGUCGGGCGAUCUGGACGCGGCUUCGAAUUUUGACUUUACGGGGUACGCCUGGCUUGCGGUGAACGUAGCGGCGACGACGGCGUAUCAAAUCAAGGUCAAAUCGCUCGUGAACGAGCUCGAUAUGAACAGCUGGACCAUGGCGUACUAUAAUAACUUACUAUCCUUACCCGUGUGCGCCAUCGUCGGGUUCGCUCAAAGAGAAAACGAGACGCUACAAAAGUUUAUGGCGAGCGGCGCGACAAAAUCGCAGUGCGUCGCACUCUUCGUUUCGUGCACGCUAGGAUUUUGCUUGAGCGUUUCCGCGUUUCAGCUCAAUCGCUUGAUCACCCCGACGAGUAUUACGAUACUCAACAACACCAACAAGUUUGCGCUGAUAUUUUUUACCGCAUACUUUAUGGAUUACUCCACCUUGUCCGAGUCGACUGUCGCCGGCGCUGCUAUCGUGAUGAUUUGCGCGGCGCACUACAGCUUUGCCGGCACGAAAAAGUAG